AUGGGGACCUUCCAAUGCUCGGGUGUGAACAACGCCUUCGGCCACACGCUUGAGCUCGUGGACAUCAAAUAUUAUGGGAAUAUUCCAAGCGGCACCUAUGACGGCUCUGUGUGGCGCGAUGGGAGGUUCCUGGAGAAGCCUGGUAUCUGGCUUUCUCACCAGAUCCAGGAUACUCCGUCCACGAUUUGCCAAGGCACUUAUGUCGAGAACUCGAAUGGCUGCAUCCUUGUUGGCGAGGGAAUAGCGCUGGACGACGAAAAGGGGCCGAUGGUGACGGCGAGUGAAGAUACCAUGAAUGCCAUACUCGAGGGGGUGGAUAUUGAAGGCACCAAGGAAGAGGACUGUCCCCCCCAAUCUCUUACGAUUCGGAAUAUCACUAUCACAAUCCACACACCCUGUUCUGAGGGCCUUCCUAUCAGAGUACCUGAAAGGGGUGACAUAUGCUAUCGCAUCGUGCGGCAGGCUGAGGACUACCUAUGGUACUGGGAGCGUGGGAUUGUGAAGGGAUUGCCGGGGCCAUCACCCAAACUCACUGAUACUGUCACGUUCGAAGAAUGUGAGUCACAGAGACAUCAGCACCUGCAGCACCCCUCUCUCCGUACAUCCAACUGUCGUUGGUUGCUAUCUGUCUUGUCUGGUUGCAGGGUUCACCUCAGCACCGUGGUGGCCUGCAGGCGACGCCGGAUUUAUGAGAGAGCGAAGGGAGGUACCCAUGUCUGAGAUUCCCGAGGACGAUGGGAUUCGCGAUAUAGCUCUGUCGCUGCGCGUGGGAGACAAAGUGGAGUACUUCUAUCCAGAGCAGCCCUCCCCUAUAUUUGAAGUCCGCUUCGUGGCCUGCAGCUGCCUCUCUACCCUCUCUUGUGUCAUCACCCGCGAUGCAUCCCCAACCACACACAACAACAUCACGGCUCGCUUGGGGACCUUUCAAUGCUCGGGCGUCAACAGCGCCUCCGGCCACACGCUCGAGCUCGAAAACCAACUGAAGGGGCAUAUUCCAACCGGCACCUAUGAUGGCUAUGUGAGGCGUGAUCCGGGAUCGAAGAACCUGGGCCCUCGCAUCGAGCUGAAGAAUGUGGAUGGCUUCGAGCGCAUCCAGAUUCACGAAGGCAACUACGUCCGCAACACGGAGGCCUGCAUCCUCCCUGGCACACGAAGAGCCAUGCAUGACAUAGAGGGACCGAUGGUGAAGGAUAGCAAACCCACCAUGAAGGCCAUACUGGAGGGGGUGGAGGACAAGAACACCAAGAUCAUCAUCACAGUCCAGGGGGGCGAUCAGACAACUGCUGACGCAGCGAAGCACACGGGCAAGUCAUGGUGGGGCGGGGUGGCAAUGGCGGUGCUCAUGUGGGCGAUGCUGUAG